AUGGUCCAAGCCUCUCAGUGUGGCUUCCUGGAGUUUAUGCUGCUGGUAAUGUGCAGUUGGGAGGGAAUUGCUGCUUUUCCAAAUGUCUCCCCGCUGCUCAGCUGGGAGAACACGGACAGCCUGUUGCACCUGUACACCGCCUCAGCCAGGAACAGCUUCCACCUGCAGAUUCACUCCAAUGGCCAUGUGGAUGGAAGUCCUCACCAAACUGUUUAUAGUGCCCUGGUCAUCAAAUCUGAAGGGGCAGGCUUUGUCGUGAUCAGUGGUGUGAAAAGUGGGCGCUAUCUUUGCAUGGACCUCAAUGGAGAUAUCUUUGGAUCGCACUACUUCAGUUAUGAAGACUGCACUUUCAAACACUGGACCCUGGAAAAUGGUUACGACGUUUACCAGUCUCCAAAACACCACUACCUAGUCAGCCUGGGUAAAGCGAAGCAACCUCUGUUUCCUGGUAUGAAUCCACCACCUUACUCCCAGUUCCUACCCCGACAGAACGAGAUUCCUUUACUCCAGUUCAACACGCCACAACCACGCAGAUUUACCAGAGAUAUCAACGCAGAUCCAUUUGGGAGCAUAAUCCCAGCACCAAACAGCCUAAGAGAUUCUCAGAAGUUACAAAAACCUAGUGUGCAACCACUCCCCUCGCACCAUUUUCCUGUGGACAAUGACAUAGACCCACUGCGUGCCAUCGUCAACAGAAAUAGUCCUCACGGUUAA